CUGCAAAGGCCCGCUGGCUUCUCUGCUGCUUCCAGGGGAGUCCCCCAGCCGGGGGCCCCCGUUUAUUUGUCAAGCCAAAAGGGGUGGCACCAGGAGUUUAUGUUUGACCGCGUCUUUGGCCCCGACGCCUCCCAGGAUGAGGUGUACAGACACUCCGCGAAGCAAAUUAUUCCCAACGUCGUCGCUGGCAUAAAUGGUACUGUGUUCGCCUAUGGAGCCACAGGGGCCGGCAAGACCUACACAAUGCAGGGCUCUUCGGAGCAGCCGGGGAUUAUCUCUCGCGCAAUUCGUGUGCAGAACCUGUCUGUACACCCGGUGGCAACAGCAGAAGAAGCGCUGCGGCUGCUGGAGACAGGAAACCGCAACAGAAACACAGCAGCAACAGCAGCAAAUCUUUCCAGCAGCAGGUCCCACGCGAUCUUCCAGUCUAGCCGUGCAUUCUUCUGCCGCAGCUGCCCACGCGUGCUGCUGCUGUAG